AUGAUCUUGAGUCAAUGGCACAUCCUCCAGCUUGUUGAAGGGCGGAUAGUGGCAGUCAAUCGCCUCGAUGAUACAAUCGUGCUUGACCAGAAUGUGUUGGAGCCUGGACAGAGCGCGUUAGGUCUUGUCGCAGAUCUGAAGAAGAACACUUACUGGUUAUUCACUACACAAGAGAUCUUUGAAGUCGUCGUCACGGAUGAGAACAGGGACAUUUGGAAAAUCAUGCUCAAGGCGCAGCAGUUUGAGGCUGCCUCACAGUACGCCAAGACCUCUGCACAAAAGGACGCAGUUGCAACGGCUUCUGGUGACUACUUGGUGGGCAAGGGGCAGUACAUGGAGGCUGCCGCAGUAUAUGGCCGAAGCACAAAGCCUUUUGAACAAGUGGCUCUCACUUUCAUCGACAACGGCGAGCAGGACGCCUUGCGCAAGUACUUGCUCACGAAAUUGUCAACACUCAAAAAGUCUUCCAUCAUGCAGAGAACGAUGGUGGCUACCUGGUUGAUUGAACUGUACAUGGCGAAGCUCAAUAUCCUCGACGACACAAUAACCACGAGGGCUGAAUUGUCGGAGAGCAUGAACACGGCAGAGACGCACGAUCAGUUGUCCGCCAUCCGAAAGGAGUAUCAGGAUUUUGUGACCAAGUACAAGGCGGAUCUUGAUCGUAAGACGGUGUACGACAUCAUCAGCAGCCACGGGCGGGAAGAAGAAUUACUCUACUUCGCUACUGUCGUUAACGACUACAACUACGUGCUCUCGUACUGGAUACAACGAGAGCGAUGGGCGGAGUCUCUGAAUGUGCUCAAGAAACAGACCGACCCCGAAAUUUUCUACAAGUACAGCAGUGUGCUGAUGGGACAGGUCCCCGUUGAACUCGUCGAUAUAAUGAUGCGACACUCCAACUUUGACGCACAGAAACUCAUCCCGGCCUUUUUGAGCUACAACAACCAUACCAAAGUUCCGCUCUCUCAGAACCAAGCGGUCCGCUACCUCCUCUUCGAAAUCAACCAACGCAACUCUACAGAUGCUGCUAUCCACAACACUCUGAUCUCCGUCUACGCCUCCCACCCCACGACCGAUGAAUCCGCAUUACUAGCCUACCUUGAAGGUCAAUCCCAAGCCCACGAGCAAAACUACGACGCCGACUUCGCCCUGCGCCUCUGCAUCCAACACAAGCGCGUCCAAUCCUGCGUCCAUAUCUACAGCUCCAUGCAACAAUACGCCCAAGCCGUCGACCUCGCCCUCAAAUACGACGAAAUCGACCUGGCCUCGACCGUCGCCGACCGCUCGCACACGACGCCGGCGCUGCGCAAGAAGCUGUGGCUCGCCAUCGCCAAGAAGGUGAUUUCGCAGUCCUCGGGCAUCAAGACGGCGAUUGAAUUCCUGCGCCGCGUCGACCUCCUCCGCAUCGAAGACCUGAUUCCCUUUUUUCCCGACUUUGUCGUCAUCGACGACUUCAAGGAGGAGAUUUGCGCGGCGCUCGAGGACUAUAGUCGGAAAAUCGACGCCCUCAAGACGGAAAUGGACGAUUCUGAGCAGACGGCGGCGCACAUCAAGCAGGACAUCAAGGCGCUCGAGCAGCGGUAUGCGAUUGUCGAGCCCGGGGAGAAGUGCUUUCUCUGUGGCCUGCCGCUGCUUGCCCGUCAGUUCUUUGUGUUUCCCUGUCAGCAUGCGUUUCAUAGCGAUUGUCUGGCUAAGCGGGUGGUGGAGCUUGCGGGCGUGGCGCGUGGGAAGCGGAUUCAGGAGUUGCAGGUUGAGGUGUUGAAGGGGGUGAGGAUGGGCAAGGGGAGGGAGAAGGUGGUGAGGGAGUUGGAUGCUUUGGUUGGGGGGAGUUGUGUCUUGUGUGGUGAAAUGGCGGUCAAAUUGAUCGAUGAGCCGUUCAUCAGGCCGACGGAUGAUAAGGCCGAGUGGGCGCUGUGA